AUGGCUAUAUUGAUCGCUCUGGAAUUGCAAAGGCAGUUUCCCGAUAUUAUCGGCGUCAUCAAUGAAGUGUACGGAAUGGACAUUGGGCUAUCAACAAUUCUGGCCGUUAUGGGCACUGUCUGGACCGGCAACCCGAUAGCCUUGAGUCCAGGUUUCUCUAUUGACCAAUCGUCCCCCCAAGCCCAGAAUCUUCUCGGAAACCUGCUGGGGCUUCUUGGUGAACCACGAGGCAUUGGGAGGUCGCACAACUGGAUCGAGGCUGAUGCUUCACUCACUCGCGAUGAUCUUUAUGUCACUGGUGAUGCUUCCACGAUGGACAUGAGCCGCUUUCUUCAGCUUUAUAACCGUGCUGGCGAGGGUACCGAUGUUAUUUCGGAAGAUGAUGUGCUCCUACAUGGGGUUGAUAUGCUCAACGAAUGCAUUGCCACCAACCCCUACUGUUGGUAUGGACCCUAUACUGGCGCCAUUGCCCGUAAUGCUGGAAUUGCAUUUACCCUUCGCUUGUUGGCGAACCAUUCCAUAGAGAACCCGCAGGGGAUCAUGACUAAGGAGGUAUUCAAGUCUUUCUGGGGCGUGUUCGACAACAGCGAUGGCUCGCUCCAGUACAAACGAGGAUGGGAGCGCAUCCCGAACAACUGGUACAAAACCCCAGUCGACUAUGGCUUGGUGCAGCUCAACUUGGACUUGGUGAAAUGGUUCGUCGAGUAUCCCCAACUGGCGUCGAUUGGAGGCAAUACGGGCACCGUCAACUCCUUCACACCAUUGGACAUCGCAGAUCUGUCAGGCGGCUUUCUGAAUGCAGCGACGUUGCUGGAAGGCAACAAUCUGCUUUGUUUCGCGUUCCAGAUUGUCAAUACUGUCUCGCCGGACUCUCUGUCCCCGCUCUAUUCGGCCUUGGCGGUUCCCUUGAAAUUACUUACGGAGGCCUUGGGCGCGGCACUUGAUCCUCUGACGUGUCCACCACUUGGGGAUCUCACAUAUGAGGGUCAGCCGAUCUGGGAGUCAUUGCAAAACGCAUUUGCGGGCGCUGGACGUGCCGGUUCGCCGUUGUGA